AUGGACAUCCCAUUGGUUUUGGGCUUUUCAGAUGAAGACAAAGUAGGAACCAUGCAGCCACAUGAUGAUGCUCUGGUGGUCACACUAAGAAUUGGCGGGUAUGAUGUGAGAAGAGUAAUGGUUGACCAAGGCAGCGCUGCUGAUAUAAUGUACCAUGACUUAUACAAGGGGCUAGGUUUGAAGCCUGAGCACUUGAUAGCUUAUAGUUCACCUCUGGUGAGUUUUGAAGGAAGAAUGGUCGUCCCAAAAGGUCAGAUCAGGCUACCUGUGCAAGCCGGUACAGAUGUGGUGGAGGUGGACUUCAUCGUUGUAGAUGUUUUCUUUCCAUACACGGCUAUUAUGGGCCGACCUUGGCUCCAUUCCCUAGGGGCAGUCUCCUCUACCCUAUACCAGAAGGUAAAGUACCCAUCCGGAGGUCAAGUUUUGGAGAUAGUACAAAGUCAGGUUGCAGCCCGGCAAUGCCUGGUAGCGGCUAUCGAACAUCGGCCAGAGGCGGAGACCUCGGCUACUGCCGAUAAUGGAUUAUAG